ACUUAAUCUCACCGGAUUUGAUCCAGCAAAAUUUGGAUUCCUCGCAAAUGGUUACUCAGAUUUGGCAUGUCUCGGCGAAUUAAAGAUAUAUUUCUGCAUUACCCAAAACAUUACUUUUCUCAACAUGUUUAGAGUAUGCGCAUGGACGACGACACAAUGCAGUUCUGAUGGUAGAACAUUUAACGAAACCAUUGAUUUACCCUUGCCAUACAAAUCACUGUAUAAUUACAAUGGAGUUUGCUUUGUCCUUUGUUCCACCUGCACACACAAAGAUGGUGUGCAAGAACAACUUCUUGCUGCGUCUAACUUAAAAUUAUACAAUACCAAAAAUCUUUUCCGGAAUGGGCUUUAUGAAAUUGAGCUUCAUCCGCUAGUUAAUUACUCUAAAAUCAAGCGCUUAGAAGACGUUGAAGUCCUGGUGCGUGACUACAACUUUGAUUCAAAGCCUAAGGAGAUGUACAUGAUGAACAAACUUUUGAAGAUACAUCGCAAACGUAUGCGUAACGAAUUAUAUGAAACUCCUCUUGAUCGACAUGUCCCAAGUGACAUUGAACACUACAUUAAUGAUGCCAAAAUGCAUAGCGGGCGUCUCUUUUUGAGCGUCAGAUUUGAUUUUUGUCGAGCUUUCCCUCACAUAAACAUGCCAGAUCCUUCCUCUUUCGUACGGGCAGAAAAAUGGAAUCCUGUUGAUGAAAUGUAUUUCAAACUUACUCGUAAUGCUCGCACUGCCGAUAUAGACAGAGACAGAAAACCAAAUAAAGAGGCCCUUAAUCUUCUAAAGGCUAGCCGUGUUGGACCAGCCCCCGGGCAGAGAUCUUUCUGA